AUGUUUGCCAAGCUCCCUGGACCGGAAGCCGCGCUCCUGCUGACGACAUAUGAUUUCACGCACGUGAACAAACUCUUCUGCUUCAACCUCGUGACGCUCGCCGCAGAAAAGGGGCAAGAGCAGCCGUUUGCGAGCUACGUCUCCCUGACGUCGUACCUCCUGCAGCACGCACAUCUAUCGCAGCGCGUAUCACACUACGCGACGCUCAACCUCAUGGCAUUCCGGCUGCUCGUCGAGGACCCCGUGCUCUGCAAGCGCAUCUGCAGCGACGAGUCCAAGACGCCCGUGCGCCUAUGCCGCCAGCGCUCGCCGUACCUCCCGCUGGUCAAGGGCGAGCGCGUCAUGGCGACGGCCGUCCUCGACACCGUGGUCGACGGCAUCUCGCACAACCUGCGGCGGCGCCUCGACGUGGGUCUCUACACGCUGCUCGUGGGCAUCAUGCUGCGCAUCACGUCGUACCUGUCGCGGUCGCGCACGCGGCUGACGUACCACUGGGCCGACUUUUUCCGUGCGCUGCUGCACCUCGUGCGGUUCCUGACGACGUACGCCGCCGACCUCAAGGACCUGCCGCAGAUUGAGCUGCUGCUGGACCACGUCGUCAACCUCGUCGCGCUGUCGCUGUCGACGGGCGAGGCGUUCCUGCCGUCACCGGCAGCGUACGACGACCUAUUCUACAAGGUCGUCGAGGCGGGCGACGUGCUCGUCAAGUUCAAGGAGACGUACGGGCUCGGAAGCAGGGGUAGCAAUUCGAUCGGGACGCUCAUCAGCGUCAGCGCGCACUACAAGGAGAUGCUCAAGACGGGCGCUGGCAAGGACGCCAAGGCGAGGGGCGCCAUUCUCACGAGCGUCGAGGUCGCUGAUGUCAUCAAGCAGGGAUACGAGACGCUCAGCAUACAGGCCAAAGAGGGGCUUGACACGUGGGAGAGGUAUCGCGAGGCGGAUGAGAGGACGUUGCUGAAGAAGGUGGCCAGGGUUGCUGUGGCUGAUGGACGGGGCCUCGUCGGUGGUUCGAGGUGA